AUGGAUGAAAGCGAGGAAAUUGAUUUCAACAGUAAAUCUAAAAUUUUCGUCGAAAAUAAACGAAGUGAUUGCUUCGAUACUGGCGAGGAACUUGAAAAGGAUUUGAGGAAAACAGCUGGAGAUAAUGGCGAUUGCGAAAAGCGUGAAUCGCCGAAACAAGAAUUGGAUGCUCACAUUCGUCAGCAUGCAAUACAAAAGCUUUACAACGACCCUUCGUUUGCUGUCAUUUGUAGUUUUUUCAACAAGUUCGCUGUCUUCCUGGGUUUAAAACCUCAGUGCUUCGCCAAAAUGGAAAACAUGUUUACCAGUUUUCACGUUACAGGCAAAGUCGAUCGGGAUUUGAUCGAUUUACACCUAAUGUUGAUGCGAAAAUUAACGUUUAAAUCAGCGAGAUUGGAAGUGUGGGAGAAAUAUCUUUUGAAAUUCUGUUCUCUUGUUCCAUCGCUAGAAACGGAGUACUUGCAACUAGAACGAUACGGCUAUUUGCACACAACUGCAGCUACGAAGCUUGCUAUUCUCAAAGCCUUAUGUGAAAGUCAAUUCGACUUUAAUGUAAAAUUUAAAGAAAGUCUAUUAAAUUCUUGUGCAGCAAGUGAUUUGCGCCUUUUACCUAUCGGCUAUGACAGAGAAGGCCUUGCUUAUCUGUAUCAGCAGGAUGCUGAUUUAGUUAUUCGUAUAUAUUCGGCGGAACAGGAUGAUCAUUCGGGUGGCUCGUGGAAUCUUGUUGCCAAGUGUAAAGAAGAGCUAGAAAAUUUGGUUAUGGAAUUAAAAAAUACACUUGCCUCAAAAUAUCUGUCCAAUUUGCUAAAACAACAUGAAGAUUCAUCAUCAACUCCGGCUGUAACUGAGGCAGACGAACAGACUAAUGUUUUAUCUAUAUUUUCAACAAAAAGAGGUGCUUUACUAGACACUUAUCAGGACGAAUCUGCAGUCAAGAAAAAAGUGGUGAAGCCAAGUCAAAGGAAAAAAGUAGCUGUUGAAGAAGAAUCAAAAAAAGAAAAUAGUGCGCCACCAGUAGAAAUCAUAGAAGACAUACCCGACGAAGUGAAACCAUUUCUCGAUCGUCGAGUAUUACCGCGCAGAAGUGCCCGCAGUGCUGCAAUAAAUCAAUUGAAGGAGUUAACUGCUCCGCUGAAACCUCAGAGCGGGAGAAGGAAAAAUCAGCAAAACAAGAAACAAAUGGAAGUAGAAAAUACAAAACAACUGAAAAUCCUUGAUAAAAAUGAUGAUCAGGAUGAGAGCGAAGAUAAUGACGAAAAUGAAAAGGAUGACAAUGAUGGCGAUGAUUUCAUAUUAGCAGAAACAUCCACCUCUUCUGAUGAUGAAUUCAUGCCGCUUUCCGAACUGAAAAAGAGGAACCAAAACUCAAGACGUCGUCGGGGAAGAAAAGCAGUUGUGGAAAAAGAUCCCUUUGAAAUAGUAGAAUCGGAAGAAGAUGAAGAUAGUGAUGAUGAUCAAGAAAAGAAAGCCAAGAAAGAGCGGAAAAAAGCUACGGAAGAAACACUCUGCAUGAAAUGCAGUAAAAGCUCAAACCCAGAAGUGUUGUUGCUAUGUGAUUUAUGCGAUGAAGCUUGGCAUACCUGGUGCCUACAUCCAAUAUUAUGGUAUGUACCAGACGAUGACUGGUUCUGUCCAAAUUGUCAGCAGGCGAUGCUAAUUGAAAAAUUUUCUAAAGUACUUGCUGUACUUGCUGAGCAAGUGAAGCGCAAAGCUGCUGAAGACAAAAAGAAAGAAGCAGCUGCAGAGAGAUUGAAACGCGAGAUGGAGUAUAUUGGGGCAUCUUUAAAUAACAUCAUUGAUACGGUAAGAGAUGCGAAAAUGGAAAGUUCUGAAUCAUCGGAAGAAUCAGGCGAAGAUGAUGGUGAACGAAAAUCAAAAAAGAAAGCAAUUCGGCGUCUUGGUGUCUAUCCACAGAAACCGAUUAUUCCGAUUGCACUUUCACGAUCAAGACGCCAAGUUGCUAAAGUUGAUUAUAAAUUUGGUGCAUACGAUGAAUUAAUCCAGGAGGCGGUGAAAAAUAUAGAUGAAUCGGCAGCAAGGCAAAUGAGUAAUAUACGACCAAAAGGUGGAGCUGGACGGGGUAAAGAUAUGUCAAACAUCAUAAAUGCUGAAAAUAAGCGGAUCCCAACAAAUGUGGAGGAUAGUUAUCACAAUGAUGGCCUCGAAGGAAUGCAAUCAAAAAUUGGAAAACCAACCAAAAGUCGUCAUCGAUUGAAUGAUCUAAAUGUUGAUGAAAUAACUGAAUCGGAUACUGACGAAUAUCAAGGGAGCGACAGUGCUUCAGUUUCGGAUCCUUCAGAUGACACCGAUGAAUACUUACCAUCGGAUGCUUCGCGUACAAGGAAAACGUCCAAGCGAAACUAUUCUAAUAAACGAACUCAAAGCGAUGAUGAUUUUGUCGUUUCCGGUUCCGAAAGUGAGUAUGAACCAUUAAGAAAAAAAUCCUACAGGCCAAAGAAUACAAAAAAGAUAAAAGGGAAGAGAAAACUUGAAAAAUGGACAUCCUCUGAUGAAGAUUCCACUUCUGAACUGAGCGACAAUUAUCGUAGUGAAGAAAGUAGUAGUAGUGUGGGCAGACGCGCAAAGCGACGCGCUAUUACCAAAUGGGCACCACCUGCAAGCAGUUCUGAUGCGGAAGAUUCAAAUCAUUCGAUACAAAAGACUGCUGCUGGAAGACCGUUAAGGAAGGCAGUGGCGAAAAGACCGAGUUUAACAAUGGAUAAUGAUGACGAUGAGGAAGGAGAAGAUGAAGAGGCGGAAGAAAGACUUAAAGAUGUUCGUCCGGUCGGUUUAGGACGAAAAAUCGAGAGUUCUGAUGAAUUUGAGCCAGAUGAAGAGGAAGAAGAGGAAGCGGAUGAGGAAGAAACUGUUGAUGAUGAAGAGACAGAGGACAAGGAGGAGUCGACAGUUGAUGAUGAGAGGCAAAACCAAAGUGAUGAAGAAACUGUGGAAGGAAAAGGAAGAAAAACAGUGAAAGUUGAAAAUGAUAUCGAUCUUAUGAGAGUUGUCACGUUCAGUUCAACUAAGACUUUGUCUGCUGAUGAUGGUGAGAAACAGGCAGAAGAUGCGGAUGAUGCAUAUCCAUCAACUUCGAAUGAUGUAAAGAUUAAGCUUAUUGAUGAAGUAGCUCGGAAGGUAAAGUCGGAGCAAAUGGAUCAGGAGAUAUUUUAUAACGAAAGUACGAAAACAGAUGUUAAAAACGUAGAAAUAAAAACGGCAGAAAAAGCAGUAGUUACAAAUGUGGCAACUACGAGUUCGAAUGUAACUCCAUGUGUUCCACCUUCAUGUUUUCCAUCAACCUCAGCAGAUCUCUCAUCACUGAAUCCAUCGUCGGUGAUGCAGCAGAUGGCUCGACUUGCAUCAUCGUCAGCUGCACCAAUGCAACAAAUUGAUCCCUCAAGUAUUGCAUAUCGAGAUAUGCUGCAAACUACACCUCCUACAUUCAUCGCUAAUGGGACUCCAUUACACUUCUAUUCAGGCCCGGCUCCUGUUACCGUUUAUCAAGUGCAACAGCCGCCGUUUGUAAGGACUCCCACAGGCAUGGUUCCAUCCAACAUUGAACCAUUGCCGCAGUCAUGGCCUCCUUAUCCACCUCCAAAUUUUUUCCCCGCAAAUGCAGCAGCGCCACCAUUGGUCACUGCCACGACAACUUCGUCACCAACGACAGAUUCUGAAACACUUGGAAACGUUCUUGCUUCCGCAAUGGAUUACUGA